UGGUAUUCUUUUGAAUCUUGCUAUGGUAAACAAGUUAUGACAGAAACACAGCACAUGAGUUUAAAAAAUCAACGAGACUCGAGAAAAUGAGCUUAGACAUAAUUACGAAAGCAGUUGAUGACCUGUAUAGAUUUCGAGAUCAUUUUGUGGAGAAUCAUGGGAUUGAAAAGGCGGCCCAGAAGACGGAGGAGGUCAGCAAACUGAUGAAGGAAACUCUGAGCACAUUGGAAAACCAUAAAGACAGCAUCAAGGACAAGGCUGUGUAUUACAUGUUACAGGGUAAGACCCUCAACGUUCUCCCGUCCCACAGUCCAGAGGCCGACGAAGCUCUGUCCAAAGCGGUCAAGCUUGAUCCCAAGUUAGUGGAGGCAUGGAAUCAGCUUGGAGAGAACUACUGGAAGAAAGGCAAUGUUCCCUUGGCCAAAAACUGCUUCACAGGGGCUCUCAAUCAUGCAAAGAAUAAGAUCUCGUUACGUAACUUGUCCAUGGUGCUGCGACAAGUGGGGGGUAGUCCUUCCGAUCGUGCCAAGCUGGUGGAGGAGAGUGUGGAGAAGGCGAAGGAAGCCGUGCAGUUAGACAUUCAGGACGGAACCUCGUGGUUGAUAUUGGGCAAUGCCUAUAUGUCCCUUUUCUUUGCCGUUGGACAAGCAUCACAAGCUCUGGAUCAAUGCAUGAAAGCCUACGCACAAGCAGAGAAAGACCCUGUAGCUAGGGACAAUCCUGACCUACAUUUCAACAGAGCUGUGGCUUACAGUUAUGAAGAGAACUACCUGUCAGCUCUUGCAGGGUUCACCCGGGCCUCUCAGCUGGAUCCCAGUUGGCCUGACCCCCAGACUCACGAGUCUCAUCUUGUGGCCUUUCUCACUAAUGUUAAGGAACUGACACAAGCCAAGGGGAAAAUCAAACCUAAAAAGUUGCAGUCCAUGAUAGAAAGCAUAAAACCUUCCGACCUUGGACCGUAUGGGGGAGGAACAUAUACCAGUCCCCUAGGAAAAGCUGUGGACCUAACGAAGUGUAAAUUUAAUGAACUGAAGUCAGACGUUAACCAGAACAAGGUCAUCGUGGGCAAGGUCGUUUGUACCAUAACAACCAGUCAACCGGUGCCAUUUUCCUUCUGUAUGGUGGAUGAUGAAGAGACAUGUCUCCCAGUCACUGUGUAUAACAUAGCUCAGGGGUGUGGUGUCAAAAUCGGGGACAGCGUGGCUAUCCCUGAGCCAUACCUACAAAAUGUGAAGGUCAACCACAAAAAUAAGGAGUUUGAAUUCAGCAGCAUUCGUGUCAAUUCUCCAUUAGUGCUAGUUGUAAAUGGAAAAAAGUUUGGAAUUGACAAGCAAGCUCCUUCUGUGUUAGCAGUGCGAGCCAUGUGUGAGUGACCAAUCAAAAUGUCCGCCUGCGUGUGAUAAAUGAGACGUGUGCAUUAGAUUAUUAGCUGAUAUGACAGUUCUUACCAGACUAAUAUUGGAAAAUCAUACAUAAAAAAUGUCAUGUGAAUUUUCAUAUCAAAACGCCUCUGAUACAGAGUGUCUGUGUUUGAACAAACAUUGCCAUGCAUUUCAUUAUUUUCUGAUACAUGUAUCAAAGAAUAGACUUUGCAUCAUUAAAUAAUGUUUUACAUAACAUAAA